AUGAUGUUCACCGAGGGGCUGGAUCGGGACGCGCUCAAGUGGGUGCGGGAGGGACACGGCGCGGGGGCGCUGCACAGCCACGACCGGAUGGACGCGCUGCGGGCGGCGCGGGGCGCGGGCGGGCUCGGCAUGCCGCCGCCGGAGAAGUUCCGGAGCGGGCACCUGCCCCGCGCCUCCGUACCUUCCACCGCGCUGCGCACCAGCGCCUCCUCCGCCUCCGACAUGGACGAGUCCUCCGACGCCGACGAGGUCUGCAGCGGCGGCGGCGGCGGCAGGUACUCCGUCGACUCCUCGCCGCGGGCGCACCGCGCCGCCGCCGCGCCGCUCUACCGCUACGCCAACGCGCACGCGCACCAGCAGCAGCACCACAGCAGCUACUACUCCAGCGACGGCUACUCGGAUCUGAGCUCCUCCAGGGACACGGCGCUGCCCAGGCCGCGCACGCAGCCGCAGCAGGCGCGCGCCGCCGCCGCGUACGCGGAGGAGGAGGAGUACUCGGACUCCGCCGGCAGCUCCGAGUUCUCCACCCAGCCCACUGCGGCGCGCCGGAGCAACGGCGUGGGCGGCGGGUACGCGUCGGAGUACUCCCACACUGGCCCCGCCAGGAGGGAGGCGAGCAAUGCGGUUCCCAAGGCUCGCGUCGCGGCGGCUAGUAACAAGCCUUCCAACUCGAGGAAUUACCAGCAGGAGCGCUACUCUGCCCAGGUCCCUGCUGCUCGAGCCAACGUCAAGUCUUCCUCCCAGAUGGAUGGUUUAUCUGAUGUCCCCAGUGCCCCACCAAUACAUGAUUACAGUCAGGAAGCUUCACCAGCUCCUCACUGUGAUACCAGAACUGGUGCAGAUGCAAGUGUAUCGGAUGGUUCAACUGUCAAAAAAGAGGAACAGGGUGAUGAUAUCUUGGGAGCUAACUUGCCUGACAAGACUAAUAGGAGCACUUUGAAUGGAAAGCACAGCAGCAAGCCAUCUAGUUCAGUUCCUGUUCGGGUCCCAACGUUUCAUGCCAGUUUGCAAGGGCCAUGGUAUUCCGUCCUUGCAUAUGAUGCUUGUGUUCGCCUGUGUCUUCAUGCAUGGGCUAGAGGCUGUAUGGAAGCUCCAGUUUUUCUGGAAAAUGAAUGCACGUUGUUGAGAGAUACAUUUAGCUUGCAAGAUGUGCUGCUGCAAUCUGAAGAGGAGCUUAUGACAAAACGGGCAUCAGAACUAGUUACUGAAGGCGCUCCAUCAAAACCCAAGAAAACAAUUGGCAAAAUGAAAGUACAAGUUCGCAAAGUUCGUAUGUCUGUAGACAUGCCUUCUGGUUGCAGUUUUUCAUCAUUGCCAGUGGUGAGAUUCGAUUCAGUUAAGCACCGUUUGUCCAACGUACAAUCAUCAAUCACAUCUGGGUGGGAGACAGUCAGGAGAGUUCAAGUAUCACCGCAUGUACCCCCUAAUAGUUCAUUUUCGAAGCACAGCUUAGCAUACAUGCAAGCAAGUGCUCAAUAUAUAAAGCAGGUAUCUGGUCUGCUAAAAGUUGGCGUGAGUACCCUUCGCAGCAGUUCAGCAGAUGAAAUACAACAAGAGACAUAUUCGUGCAAACUGAGGCUUAAAAGUUCACCUGAAGAUGACGUGGUACCAAUGCAGCCAGGAUCUGGAGAAACACAUCUUUUCUUUCCAGAUAGUCUGGGAGAUGAUUUGAUCAUUGAUGUAUCCGAUUCCAAAGGAAAACCCUGUGGGCGUGUUGUUGCUCAAGUUGCUACAAUGGCAGAGGAACCUGCUGACAAACUUCGCUGGUGGUCAAUAUACCGGGAGCCUGAGCAUGAGCUUGUGGGCCGCAUACAUCUGUAUGUCCAAUAUACAACUGCUGCGGAUGAAAACAACAAAAAGUAUGGCUCAGUUGCAGAGACUGUGGCGUAUGACAUUGUUUUGGAAGUUGCAAUGAAAGCACAACACAUUCAGCAAAGAAAUCUUGUCUUGCAAGGUUCUUGGAAAUGGUUGCUCACAGAAUUUGCAUCAUACUAUGGGGUUUCAGAUGCCUACACUAAGUUGAGGUACCUUUCUUAUAUUGUGGAUAUUGCAACCCCGACUGCUGACUGGCUGAAUCUGGUGCAUGAACUCUUGCUGCCAGUAUUAAUGAAGAGCCAUGAUACUGCCCCAUUGAGCCAUCAAGAGAAUCGAAUACUUGGGGAAGUUGAAGAACAAAUUGAGCAGACUUUAGCAAUGGUAUUUGAGAAUUACAAGUGCCUUGAUGAGUCAGUGGUCUCUGGACUCGUGGAAGACUUUAGGCCUCCAACUGGAUUGGCCGCGUCAGCUCUGGAGCCGGCUAUAAAGUUGUACAGUCUACUACAUGAUGUGCUAUCUCCAGAGGCCCAACUGAGACUGUGUGGUUACUUCCAGGCUGCUGCCAGGAAGCGAUCGAGGAGGCACAUGCUUGAAACUGAUGAAUUUGUGGCAGGAAAUUCUGAAGGCAUAAAGAUGGACUUGGUGUACUUUACAACGGCUUACCAGAAGAUGAAAUCAUUGUGCCAUAAUUUGCGUAAUGAAAUUUUUACAGACAUUGAAAUUCAUAAUCAUCACAUACUUCCCAGUUUUGUCGACCUCCCCAAUUUGACAGCCUCCAUCUAUAGUGUGGAGCUCUCAAAUAGAAUACGCUCGUUCCUUGUUGCCUGCCCUCCUGCUGGCCCUUCAUCUCCUGUUGCAGAUUUGGUGAUUGCUACUGCAGAUUUUCAGAAGGAUCUUGCCAGCUGGAACAUUUGCACUAUUAAAGCUGGCGUUGAUGCAAAAGAGUUGUUCCAUUUAUACAUUGUAUUAUGGAUUGAAGACAAACGCAGAGCAUUGCUGGAAAAUUGCAGGCUGGAUAAGGUUAAAUGGUCAGGAGUUAGGACUCAGCAUAUGACAACACCUUUUGUUGAAGAGAUGUAUGACUUGUUGAAGAAUACAUUGACAGAGUAUGAGGUUAUCAUUUGUCGGUGGCCAGAGUACAUAUUUGUUCUUGAGAAUGCUAUUGCAGAUGUUGAGAAAGCGGUGAUCGACUCCCUCGAAAGGCAGUAUGCGGAGAUUUUGGCUCCACUAAAGGAUUGUAUCGCCCCAAAGAAAUUUGGCCUCAAAUAUGUACAAAAGCUAACAAAGCGCAAUUCGACGUGCCCAUAUAUUGUACCUGAAGAUCUUGGAAUCCUCUUGAAUACAAUGAAAAGACUAUUGGAUGUUUUGCGGCCACGGAUCGAGAGCCAUCUGAGGUCAUGGAGUUCCUGUAUACCUCAUGGAGGAAAUACAGCUGCCAUUGGUGAAAGACUCAGCGAGGUCACUGUAACAUUGAGAGCCAAAUUCCGAAACUACAUGCAAGCAGUUGUUGAGAAGCUCUCUGAAAAUACCCGCAUGCAGAACACCACAAAGCUCAAGAAGAUCAUCCAGGAUUCAAAAGAAUUGGUCAUGGAGGCUGAUAUCCGCAGCAGGAUGCAGGAUUUGAAGGAUCAGUUAAUUGAGGCAAUAAAUCAUAUCCACAAAGUCUCCGAAGUUCAUGUGUUUGUAGCCAUAUGCCGGGGCCUUUGGGACCGUAUGGGAAAGGAUGUCUUGAGUUUCCUGGAAAAUCGCAAAGAAAACAAGGCCUGGUACAAAGGGGCGAGAGUCUCAGUAUCUGUUCUUGAUGAUACGUUUGCAUCCCAGAUGCAGCAGCUGCUUGGUAAUACGCUCCAGCAGAAGGACCUGGAGCCACCUAGGUCGAUAAUGGAAGUUAGGUCAAUUCUCUGCAAAGAUGCUGCACCCCGACAAAAGAACUCCAGCUUUUACUAUUGAGCAUUUCUUCAUGUACAUAUGAAUCAUGCGCAUUAGAAUGCGCAGCUUUCCCUACAAGCUAGAAUCGGCGGGGGGAGGUGUCAUGAGGUGAAAAGGCCAAAGGGGCAACGUGGAGAUCUUUGUAAAGAAGACGAGACAACAGAAUACCGAGAAAUAGAAUAGGGCUACUGGUGAAAUACAUGAUAUGAGAAGCUAGCCUAUCUUGGUAAUCCAUCAAACAGUGCUUUGCUGGCUAACCAGGUUCAAGUAUCCUCCCAAUUUCUCUGGGAUGGGGUGGGUUGUAAUUCAUAGGGACUAGGGAGUAGUUUAAGUUUCACUGGUAGCAUCUAGCUAGCUGAGCUUUCACAGUUACCGAUCUUAUUUUCUGAACAUGUAGUCUGGAUUAUAUGAAUUUUGUAAUCUUGGUAAAAUACUAGUAGUAAAGAGCAAGACCUCUG